AAGAGGCCAGCAUAUCACAGUUCAGAUCCGACUGUUUUCCCAUCGAAGCUGCAUCUAACCGCGCGGUCGCGCCAUUUACCCUCGAAAGAUCGAUUCACCUCUCGAUCUCAAUCGCCAUCCCCAUCGACCUUCGACCUUCGACCUAAUCCGAAGCUCUCGCGAUCCAUCGGAGAGCCUCCGAUGCUCGGCCGCUUCCACAGUCCCCCGCAGCUCGCGAGAUUCGAGGUCGGUCUCGCCCCGCCUCCGUCGCACGGGGCGUAGCGGGCGGUGGCGUAGUCGCACCGAGUCACACUCCAUUCCCCAACUCUCCUUCAAUUCCCUCCGCAAGCGCGAGCAAUGUCGUCGUUUCUGCACCAGAGGUCCCUCCCAUCCACGCUCUCCUACUUCCGCGAGCCGUCGUCUCCUCGCUCCUCCGCGCUCGCCCAGAAGCACUCCUCGAUCUUCGGCCGCGCCGGCCUCCUGGUCCUGCUGGCGGUCCUCGUGGUCCUCGGCGUCUUCAUGCCGUGGUCGGAGAUGCGCGAGGGCGCCUUCUGGAGCACGAGGCCCGCGCUCACCAAGUGGCGGGACUACACCCUGGCGCAGGCGGUGUCGGUCGUGGCCAAGAACGGGACGGUCAUCGUGUGCGCCGUGAGUCAGCCCUACUUGCCCUUCCUCAAUAACUGGUUGAUCAGCAUCGCCAGGCAGAAGCAUCACGAGAAGGUGCUCGUGAUCGCCGAGGACUACGCCACGCUUUAUAAGGUUAAUGAGAGGUGGCCCGGACACGCGGUGUUGGUCCCUCCGGCUCCUGAUGCGCAGACCGCGCAUAAGUUCGGUUCUCAGGGGUUCUUCAAUUUUACGUCACGAAGACCUCGCCAUCUGCUGGACAUUUUGGAGCUUGGGUAUAAUGUUAUGUACAAUGAUGUCGAUAUGGUUUGGUUGGCUGAUCCAUUUCCUUAUUUGGAAGGAAAACACGAUGUGUACUUCACUGAUGACAUGGCUGCUCCAAAACCCCUGGACCAUUCUCAUGAUUUACCGCCUCCUGGAAAAAAGGGUCGGACUUACAUCUGUAGCUGUAUGAUCUUCCUGCGUCCCACUGUUGGUGCAAAACUUGUGAUGAAGAAGUGGAUCGAGGAACUUCAAGCUCAACCAUGGACAAAAGCAAAAAAAGCCAAUGAUCAGCCUGCUUUUAAUUGGGCACUCAUGAAAACCUCUGGACAGGUUGAUCUCUACCUGCUGCCCCAGAAAGCCUUCCCCACGGGAGGCCUUUAUUUCAAGAAUCAGACAUGGGUACAGGAAACCAAGGGCAUGCAUGUUAUAAUCCACAACAACUACAUUACAGGCUUCGAGAAGAAGAUAAAGCGGUUCAAGGAUUUUCGUCUCUGGUUGGUGGACGAUUACGCCAAUGAGUCCCCGCUUGGCAGGUUGUGAGAAAUUCGUCGCCGCCUUUUUCCUUUAAGCGACGCUCUGUGACGAAUUAACCCUUGCUAAUGCCGACUUCUGGGGCUGUUUGUUGCUGCUGCCGUGACGUGCCGAGGUAGAUGAAGUCAGAGGACUAUACAUCAAAUUCUGCGGCUCAUAACACUCCCAGUUUCGAUUUUGCGGUUGCUGCUGGCUCUUGUUAGAGGGAAGAGCCUCUGUUUCAUUUAGUUACAUUUUCACCUAGAUUAAGAUCUUGCCUAUCGCAAGGCAGAGUUUUUAUAUUGAUUCUUUGUAUCACGAAUCGUAUAAAAGAAGAAGAAUCAAAGGCAGAUCGAUUCGCGCAUGUAAAGCUUCUUUGAGUUACGUUGCACUUAGCAUCUAUGGGGGUCCUUUGAGAGCACUCCAUGCUCCGGAUAAAUGAGCCGAUUUUCGUGA